GUGCAUUCUUUUUUUUUAUUCACCCUUAUAGCAUAGCCCUAGGAUCGAUCGAUAUUUAUGGAUAGCGCGAUCUGAACGUCAUUGCGAUUGCACGCCUUUAGGAUGUUUAUAAAGUAUUUUGCGUGUGGGGCGCUUUGUGGGGCAUUUCUCGGUGGAUUGCAUUGCAGGGAACUCGUGGCGGCGAGCUCGAGGGAGCUGCGGGAGUACUACGCGAGCAUUACGGAUUCCACCGAUCAGCUCAAGGCAAUCGAGGAGCUCGUUGGCGUGAAAGGGAUUUCCGUUCGCGAGCUAAUCGAGUUUAACUCUUCGUCGGAUAGCACCAAAAAGGCAAAAAGAAUUACUUAUAUCUUUCCGUAG